UGUUCCAAGACACAUUGAAACAUAAACAACUGGCGGUAUAUUUAAUAGCUUGCCUUCCACGGCUGCCAACCUAAGUGACCCUCUCUGAAAGUAGCUCUUCUGCAUUAUGAAGAAUUUCUCAUUUUCCAAAGAUGACUAUGAGCCUGGCAUUUCUUUCUUUCCCGGUUUUCUCAACUCCACAAAUGCACCAGCUCUUCCCGAAAGGCAAUCGAGAAAUGAACAAUUAGCUCUGGUAGAAAUCGCUGUGCUGGGAAUAAUAUUUGCGACAGCGUCGGUGGGCAACAUCAUCCUCAUCCUGGUGUUAUGGAGGAGAAGAAUGAAGCUGUCUAGGAUGUAUGUGUUCCUGCUUCACCUGAGCAUUGCGGACCUGAUGGUUGCAUUCUUCCAAGUCCUUCCGCAGCUCUUUUGGAAAAUUACAGAUGUUUUCAUGGGGCCAGACAUUCUGUGCAGAACCAUCAUUUAUCUCCAGCUGUUGAGCAUGUUUGCCUCCACCUAUAUGAUCGUGGUUAUGGCAAUGGAUAGAUACCAAGCGGUGUGCCACCCCAUGGCCUCUUUUCCAAAGAAGGCGGCUCUUUGGAACGCUCCUAUCUGCACAAGCUGGUUCAUUUCUCUGGUCUUCAGCGUUCCCCAGGUAUUUAUCUUUCGGAAGAGAGAGGUAUCCCCAGGUAUCUUUGACUGCCAAGCUGACUUCAUUGAACCCUGGGGCACAAAGGUGUAUGUGACUUGGAUUUCCAUAGCUAUUUUCUUCCUCCCCGCAGCGAUCCUCAUCCUAUGUCAUGUGAGGAUCUGCCGAGCAAUCCAAAUGCAUAUGCAUUUGAAAAGCUGCAAUGAAUUGGAAGCAACAAAUCAGAAGCAAAUGCAGCCAUGCCAGGGAAGCAAUGCAAGUUGUACAUCGAAGGCUAUGAUCAAGACUAUAAAGAUGACAGUGGUGAUAGUUGUGGCUUAUAUUUUCUGUUGGUCACCUUUUUUCAUCGCACAGCUGUGGACUGCCUGGCACCCCAGUGAUGCUAGGACUGAAGGUCCAGUAAUAGCCAUUCUUAUGCUCCUAGGGAAUCUUAACAGCUGUGUUAAUCCAUGGAUUUAUAUGUACUUUUGUGGUCAAAUACCACGUUGUUCAAAAACAAUACAGGACAACACUGCAGCUCACGAAGAAUCUACCAUUACAGGCAGUGUUAACUUGGGAGAGAAAGAAUCUGAAGACAAUAUCACAUCUGUGUAAUUAUAAACUUCUGCCUUUUUGGCUUAUGUUUGUUUCUUUGAACCAUUUUUCUAAUAUGGGUAUGUGCACAUGUUUUCUUUAUAUAUGUAUUUUCUUUAUAUAUGUAUUUUGAAAAAAAUAUACUCAAGGUUCAAAAAUUCCCAGCACAAUAUAAAAGGCAUGUUAUAUGUGAAUAUUUUUGCAUGCCAAGUGCUGAACUCCAUACACACCAAGGUACAUCUCAAACUACACAUAUUCAUAGGCUCCUCUCAGUUCUGUAUCUUCCUCCAGCAAGUUUAGUGAUGUCUCUAAGACCUUUGCCAUGAUAAAUGCAUAUCUCAACAAAUUAUACCAAGCACACUUUUUUUUUAAGUAAUAUGACAAUACAACACGCUUUAGAGAAGGGUGGGGGAACCUCUGUCUCUAGAUAGGUUUUUGUACUCCAGUUUCCAUCAGUGCUAGCCAUCAUGUCCAUCAUGUAUUUGAGAGAGAGAAAGCGAGUUCCCAUUAGUGAUUGUCCUAUUUGCAAAUUUCAUGUACUGCAGAUACCCUUCAUUGAGCACCAGGUAAUGUGCUUACAUAUGAGCUAAUGUGAGCUGCACACUCCACUCUAAUUAAAAUACAGUGGUACCUAAGGUUAAGAACUUAAUUCGUUCUGGAGGACCGUUCUUAACCUGAAAAUGUUCUUAACCUGAGGUACCACUUUAGCUCAUGGGGCCUCCCGCUGCCGCUGCGCCACCGGAGCACGAUUUCUGUUCUCAUCCUGAAGCAAAGUUCUUAACCCGAGGUACUAUUUCUGGGUUAGCAGAGUCUGUAACUUGAAGCGUCUGUAACCUGAAGCGUCUGUAACCCGAGGUACCACUGUACAUGCCUAGUCAUAGACUGGGCACGAUCUUGGCAAAGCUGUGGAGCACUGACCUCAGCUUACAGAAUUAUUAUGUGAAGUAAGAUUGACUAUGAAGCACGCUGGCUAUUAAAUUUGGUUUAUGAGCUAUAGUUUAUUUUACUCCUACUAGUCCUGUGGGCAGGAAGGGAUAGAUAUGUCAGUGAGCAGAACAGAAAUGAGUUAUUAAAGUCCCUGGUGGCUCCAGUGAAACGCUGCAAGGUUGAGUAUAAAAUCCCAUUGUUACAUGGUCAUAUUACUUCUAGAAUGUCCAACUUGAGUCUUGCCUGCCAGACUUUACUCUUCGGGAUUUUCUUGUACUCCUGCUUCCUACCUUUUAAUUCAACCUUUAGUUUUUCACCUUCUGUUCCUCUCUAGUCUCUCCAAAUCUCCUCUACCGACAUGCACAGAGGAUUUGACAUGCUGUGACCAAUGAAUCAGCUUCUGGCACUGCCCUUUCAAAAACUUGGCAAGGGCACUCAGUUUCUUGGUAUUGACAUCUGGCUCUACAAACGUAUGUUUUGUAAAAUUGUGAGAGGACUGCGGCCUAUUUCCUGGCUGUCAGCUUACACUGUGACUCACAUCCCGGGCAGCUCCUUACAACCACAGUCCCGGGAGGACAUUAUCACAAUAUCUCUUUGUGGGCCCUCUAGUACUUGAUUGUGUUCUAUAAACCCCAUGCUGUUGGCAAAGGAAAUUAUGCACUUAAUCUGAAUUAAUUGAGAGAGGAGUAGUCAGUUAUUUACGAUGAUCUUUCUGUAACUUUGAUAUGAAACAAAGAGUGGGGACUUGCAAGAGUGCAAACUUGUAGGAAGAUAGCAAACUUUGUUUGCUAAGCAGCAACCAAUACUGUCUACUUGGUUGGCAGUGGUUAUUUGGGAUUUUAGGCAGGGCAGUCAGUCCCCUGGUCAUACUUGGAGAUGUUGGAGACUGAGCUAGGAUCUUCUGGGUGCAAAAGCAGAUGGUUUACCACUGAGCUAUAGUUCCUUCAUGAUCAAAUUACUGCCUCAUGCAGGUAGCUUUUGCUGAUAUGAAUGCCUUCCUCUUAUAAAUAUAUGAUCUGGGGUUAAAAUUCACAUCAGUUUGGGUAGGCCAUUGAACUAUGGAUGGUACAUAAUGCCAUUAUGAUAAUGACAAUAUUUCGGGAGGGACAGGCAGCUCUCUGAUUAUGGGAUACAGUAUAGUUGUGUCCCAUUCUGCAGCUCACAGCACAGGAAGACUGACAAUCGGCAAAACAAAAUAGAAAUUUUAAAGCUUUCUUUUUGCCCUUAUUAAACACACU